CUAACAGUGGCGCCGAAAUUCCUACCAAAUACCUUGAUCAGUGCAGAUUUUGCAGCCAAUUAUCUCACUAAGAUAUAUGGGCUCACAUUUGGACAGAAACCAAACUUGAGAUCUGUGUAUCUUCAUAACAACAAACUUUCGGAUGCUGGAUUACCUGAUAAUAUGUUCAAUGGCUCUGAUAAUGUGGAGAUACUCAUCAUGUCCAGCAAUUUCUUGAAGUAUGUUCCAAAGAAUCUUCCUCCAGCACUGUAUAAAUUACACUUGAAGAACAACAAGCUAGAGAAGAUUCCCAAAGGAGCCUUCAGCGAACUUACAGGUCUGCGGGAGCUAUAUUUGCAGAAUAACUACUUGACUAAUGAAGGAAUGGACAACGAAACUUUCUGGAAAUUGUCUAGUCUUGAAUAUCUGGAUUUGUCCAGCAAUAACCUCUCACAAAUCCCGAGUGGUUUACCUCGAAACAUCGUCCUCCUCCACCUGGAGAAGAAUGCAAUUAAGGUCAUUGGCAGAGAUGUCUUGACCCAAAUUAAGAACUUGGAGUACCUUCUGCUCCACAAUAACAAACUAAAAGCCCGAGGUAUUCAUCCAUUAGCCUUCCAGGGCUUAAAGAAGCUGCACACUGUCCACCUGUACAACAACAUGCUGGAAAGGAUUCCCAGUGGGCUGCCCCGGCGAGUGAAAACACUUAUGAUCCUUCAUAACCAGAUCUCUGAGAUUAACAGGAAUGACUUUGCUACCACUUACUUCCUUGAAGAGCUGAACCUGAGCUACAACAAGCUCAAAAGUCCCCAGAUCCAUCGUGAGGCCUUCCGGAAACUGAGGCAACUAAAGUCCUUGGAUCUUUCUGGAAACAAUCUUCACACAGUGCCAUUUGGCUUUCCAAAGAACUUGCAGAUUCUGAAGCUGAAGGAGAAUGAGAUAAGCAUCAUCCCAAAAGGGACUUUGUCUGGGAUGACAAAGCUGCGGGAACUGUAUUUGAGCAACAAUAAACUGAAAGUAAAUUCCAUUUAUUCAAGAGCAUGGAGAGAACUCAGCAGUCUCCAGUCACUAGACAUGGCUGGCAACCAGCUGACUUCCAUCCCAUCAGGCCUGCCCGAAUCUCUAGAAUAUCUGUAUCUUCAGAACAACAAGAUCACAACAGUUUCAGAGAAUGCUUUUGAAUCCACACCCAAAAUAAAAGGGAUUUACCUCAGGUUUAAUAAGAUUGCAGUUGGAGCACUGAAGGAAAGUACCUUCCAAAACCUAAAGCACCUACAGGUGCUGGACAUUGAAGGGAACCUUGAAUUCAGCAACAGUUCAAAGAAUAAAGACGACUCAGAAGAGGAAAUGGAAGAUGAGGAAGAGGAAGAAGAACUGAGAUAAAAUGUGAACUCACACAAGCACAUCAUGUGGGAGGAAAGCAUAUGGAAAAUUACAUAUAUGCCUAUGUGUAUAUAUCUAUAUAGAUAUACAGAGAACACUUAGCAAAACGUGCAAUGAAUUACGCAGAAACUGUCAUGGCACUGGGCCAGGCUCAUGGAAGACAACGUGUUACAGUGCGUUAUUCAGGGAGAGACCCUGAAUGCCUUUCCAAAGCUUCCAAAUCAUCUUAUACAAGACCCAGGAUCAUAAGGGAUUGCUCUGGAACUCACAAAAGCUGGCUUUUGUUUCUUCUGUUUCUCUUCCUUCACUGUUUCCAUCUGUAAUAACAAUAUGGGACUGUUCUGAACACAUGCCUUCAAAUGCUGUUUUUGUCGCUGCAUUUUAAGUGAACCAUGUAUAUGCUUCUUUUCUUUUCCUGCACCCCAAAGAAGCUGGUUUUGAUCAGGAAAGAUGGAUAUUUGCAGUCGCUUCAUGUGUGGAGCAGUAUAUGAGGCAUUUUGGUCAUCAAGCAGCAGUAAUAAUUCUGGAUGCAACUAUUCCUCUGUUCUAAAAAUGUGUAUAUUUGGAUGAGAAAAACAAAGUAAGGCUGGAUCCCAUAAUAUUUUAUCUCUACUGCCAAAGCCUGCAGUAUAUGCCUGUUUUAGAAAGGUUUUAAGAUAAAAGAAUUGUUCUUGUGAAUAUAUAUAUAUAUAAAAAAUCUGUACGUCUGCCUUCCA